AUGAAUCCCUACACCGUGCACAAAGGGAUUCCGAAGGGCUUGGCUUCAGCUUGUGCGCUGCACCCCUUACCCAAGAAGUCCAUAGGACUUCCGAAGGAGCACGGGAAAGUCCAGAAGGACUGUCUGGAUCUGGAUGAGUGCGAGAAACUUCCAGAAAUUACAAUGAGCUUUCGUCCUGAUACAGAUAUGUGUAAUGGCUACUCAGGACAAGUCCCAAGUAGAAACAAACAGAGGAAAGGCUGCAGGGACAAAGUCCGAAGCAGAAUAGGUCUGGAGGACCACGGGAAAGUUCCGGAGGAACAUCUGGAAACUUGA